GAUGCCUGAAUCAAGGAUCUUAGCCUCACCACCAAUGUUGGUGAUGAUGAUUCUUCUCAGCCUUGUAAUAGCUUCCUUCUUCAGCACCACAGCUGGACAAAUCGGAGUAUGCUACGGGAUACAAGGCGAAGGCUUGCCAAGUCCAUCGGACGUUGUGAAUCUUUACAAGCAACAUAACAUUCAGAGGAUGCGGAUCUUCGGCCCUGACCAAGGCACUCUUGACGCUCUCCGUGGCUCUGACAUCGAGCUCAUCCUCGAUGUUCACCCCGAAGAUCUUGGACGUGUCGCCAACAGCCAACCUGAGGCGGACAAGUGGGUUCAAGAAAACGUUCAGCCCUACAGUGACAGUGUCAGGUUCCGGUACAUCAACGUCGGAAAUGAGGUGAAACCCUCAGAUGGAGGUUUACUCUUACCAGCAUUGCAGAACAUCGAGAGCGCCCUGUCUGGAGCAGGGAUUCCAGUUAAGGUUACAACGUCUAUAUCCACCGGCACCACCACAGAAACAUCUCCUCCAUCUAGUGGAAGGUUCAAGGAUGAGUAUAAAAGCUUUCUUGAACCAGUGAUAGGUUUCUUGACGAGCAAGCAAUCUCCCAUUCUCGCGAAUAUCUACCCUUACUUCGGCUACAAGGAUGACUCGGAAAACAAAAUCCCUCUAGAUUUCGCUUUGUUCAACUCCCAGUCCACUGUGUUCACUGAUAAAGGAAACAAUUUGCAAUACCAAAAUUUCUUCGACGCAAGUGUAGACUCUGUCUAUGCGGCAUUGGCGAAAUCGGGAGGUGGAUCGAUGAAUAUCGGGGUGUCUGAGAGCGGUUGGCCGACGGACGGAGGACGCGGUGCCGGUGUCGGAAACGCUGAGACUUAUGCUAACAAUCUGGUACAACAUGUGAAGAAUGGAACACCGAGAAAGCCAAAUGAACCUUUAGAGACGUAUAUAUUCGCUAUGUUCGACGAGAGCAAGAAGGAGAAUGGUGAAUAUGAGAAGUUUUGGGGACUGUUUCAUCCGGAUGGACAGCCUAAGUAUGAAGUUAAUUUCAACUGAUCCUUGGAAAGAGUUCUUGAAGACGAAACGGGGUCUUCAGGUCAGAGACUUGUGGGCUUUUCUAAAAUAAGGGUAUUUAAAAAAGAGUGGGAACUUGUUGUAAUGAUAAGGAAUAAUGACUAAGCCAUAACUAUGUUUUAUACUCCAUCGUUUUAAAAUAUACAAUAUGUAAUUACUUUUAAAAUUGAUAAAGCCAAUAUGGAAUGUUUUGGUGUAUACU